GUUUUUGGGAUAUACUCAUAGACUCUGAUGAAACCUUAAUGGAGUACCUACCAAGUGGCUGGUGCAAAAAGACUCUCAAGUUCUAGUUGCUGUUCAUUUUGAUAACAUUUGCAGUUUUAUACAUCUAAAUGCCAGAGUUCUCUUGGGGAGAAUUGUGCUGGACACCAUUAUUGCCUUUUGAGAAGACCAUAAAACCAUGGGAAAUACAGAAAGCCAAAAUGUAGAGCACAGGUUUUAUGGUGAGAAGCAGGGGAACCUGUCAAGGAAGCAUACAUCCCAUUCUCUUCGCCUGUCCAACAAGACCCGACGGAUGAGGCAUGCUUCCUCUGCAAGGGUGAUCCACAGGAAUUCUGAAGUGAGCACUCGAUCUAGCAGCACUCCUAGCAUCCCACAGUCUCUGGCAGAAAAUGGCAUGGAGCCCUUCUCCCAAGAAGGCACUCUAGAAGAUUUUGGAAGCCCAAUUUGGGUAGGACGGGUGGGUAUGGGCUUGAGACCUGUCUCUUGUCAUACCGAUUCUUCCAUCACUCCUAGUAUAGACAGCAGCACAAUCCUUACAGCAGCCUCUGCACAAAGCAUGCCAAACUCUGAGGAAAGCAGACUUUAUGGGAAUGACUCUACGUAUUUGCCUGAGGGAGGCAGAAGGCAGCGUCCCUAUACAACCAAUGGGACCACAUUCAUGGAAACCUCAAGCUUUAAAAAGAAACGCUCAAAAUCUGCAGAUAUCUGGCGGGAGGACAGUUUGGAAUUUUCACUGUCUGAUCUGAGCCAAGAACAUUUAACAAGCAACGAAGAGAUCUUGGGUUCAGUGGAAGAGAGAGACCGUGGGGAGGAUCGGGGGAUGGAAGCCAGGGAUGGUUCACAGCAGCUGAGUACCUGCCACCGUGCCAAUUCCCUGGGUGUCUUGUAUGUACCCGAGAAUAACGGAGUAAAAGCAAAUCAUGGACCAAGGAGCAAAUUUGUGGGAUAUUGUGGGAAUUUAAUGUCUGAUGUUCCAGAUCUUGCAAACCGUAAGAUGCCAUCAGCUGUUGCCGAGGAUACUCCUCCGUACAGUAAUUAUAAUACACUUCCCUGUAGGAAAUCUCACUGUCUUUCUGAAGGUGCCACCAACUCACAAAUUAGCCAUAGCAACAGCAUGCAGGGCAGAAGAGCAAAAACAACUCAGGAUGUGAACAUAGGUGAAGGGAGUGAGUUUGCAGACAGUGGGAUUGAAGGAGCCACCAUUGAUACAGACCUCCUCUCCAGGCGCUCCAAUGCUACCAAUUCGAGCUAUUCCCCAACUACUAGCAGAGCAUUUUUGGGCAGCGACAGUGGCAGCAGCUCUACUGGAGAUGCUGCUCGGCAAGGGGUAUACGAGAAUUUCCGUCGGGAACUGGAGAUGAGCACCAACAACAGUGAGAGCCUUGAGGAAGCUGGCUCUGCCCACAGUGAUGAACAGAGUAGUGGUACUUUGAGCUCUCUUGGACAGUCAGAUAUCCUCCUGUCAGCUGCCCAAGGAACAGUAAGAAAGGCUGGAGCCCUAGCCGUGAAGAACUUCCUCGUCCACAAGAAGAACAAGAAGGUGGAGUCGGCAACCCGAAGGAAAUGGAAACACUAUUGGGUGUCUUUGAAAGGAUGCACAUUAUUCUUCUAUGAGAGUGAUGGGAGGUCCGGUAUAGAUCACAACAGCAUCCCCAAGCAUGCAGUCUGGGUGGAGAACAGCAUCGUGCAGGCGGUGCCUGAGCACCCAAAGAAAGACUUUGUUUUCUGCCUCAGUAACUCUCUCGGUGAUGCAUUCCUAUUUCAGACCAUCAGCCAGACUGAGUUAGAAAACUGGAUUACUGCAAUCCACUCUGCUUGUGCAACUGCUGUGGCAAGACAGCACCACAAAGAGGAUACUCUCCGACUCCUGAAAUCAGAGAUCAAAAAACUAGAACAAAAGAUUGAUAUGGAUGAGAAGAUGAAGAAAAUGGGCGACAUGCAGCUGUCUUCAGUAACUGAUUCCAAGAAAAAGAAAACCAUACUCGAUCAGAUAUUUGUUUGGGAGCAAAAUCUUGAACAAUUCCAAAUGGAUCUAUUUCGAUACCGUUGUUAUUUAGCUAGCCUACAAGGAGGGGAGCUGCCAAAUCCCAAAAGGCUACUUGCUUUUGCCAGUCGACCAACCAAAGUAGCCAUGGGCCGCCUUGGAAUUUUUUCUGUAUCCUCCUUUCAUGCCCUGGUGGCAGCACGCACAGGUGAGACUGGUGUAAGACGAAGAACUCAGGCCAUGUCCAGAACUGCAAGUAAGAGGAGAAGCAGAUUUUCUUCUCUUUGGGGUCUGGACACUACCUCAAAGAAGAAACAGGGAAGGCCAAGCAUCAAUCAGGUGUUUGGAGAGGGAGAUGACACCAUAAAGAAAUCUUUAGAAGGAAUAUAUGAUGACGCUGUUCCAGAUGGCAAGAGAGAAAAAGAAGUGGUGUUAUCUAGCGUGCACCAGCACAAUCCUGACUGUGACAUUUGGGUCCAUGAGUAUUUCACACCCUCUUGGUUCUGUCUGCCAAAUGAUCAGCCUGCCUUGAUAGUUGUCCAUCCAGGGGAUACAGCCAGAGACAUACUGGAGUUAAUCUGCAAGGCACAUCAACUAGAUCAUGCAAUCCAUUACCUUCGUCUCAAGUUCCUAAUAGACAACAAGAUGCAGUAUUAUGUUCCAAAGCCAGAAGAGGACAUAUAUGAACUGCUAUACCAAGAAAUUGAAAUAUGCCCCAAAAUCACACGGAAUAUCCAGAUCGAGAAGUCUGAUACAUCCAGUGAUAAUUAUGGUUUUUCAAUAUCCUCUGUGGAGGAAGAAGGUGUUCAAAGGUUGUAUGUGAAUAAUGUGAAAGAGACAGGUCUAGCAUCAAAGAAAGGCUUGAAAACUGGAGAUGAGAUUCUUGAAAUCAAUAAUAGAGCUGCAGACACCCUCAACUCAUCCAUGCUUAAAGAUGUCCUUACUCAGCUGUCACUAUGCCUUAUAGUACAGACCUAUCCUGAGCUAGUUGGAGGACAGAAACUGCUUGAAACUCCCCCUCAUCGUGUGGACAGCCUGGCAGAUUUCAGUGACAGCCCAUUUGCCUUUCUCACCAGAAAUCCAGGUAACAGCCUUUGCUCUGAGCAAGUCAGAAGUGCUGAAAUGACUCCUGAAGAGACAGAUGUCCAUGACUUGGAGUCCUCUGAUGAGGGUGACAAAACAAACAAGGAAUGCACUGGACCCCAGUUGGUAACCAUGAGACAACUAACAGAUGCAGAUAAACUACGCAAGGUUAUUUGUGAACUCCUUGAAACUGAACGAACCUAUGUUAAAGAUUUAAACUGUCUCAUGGAGAGCUACCUGAAACCUCUUCAAAAAGAAACUUUCCUUACCCAAGAUGAGCUCGAUGUGCUCUUUGGGAAUUUAACUGAAAUGGUGGCAUUUCAAGUAGAAUUUCUCAAAACUUUGGAAGAUGGAGUAAGAUUGGUGCCUGAUCUUGAUAAACUUGAGAGAGUUGACCAGUUUAAGAAAGUGCUCUUCUCCCUGGGGGGAUCCUUUCUGUAUUAUGCUGACCGUUUUAAGCUAUACAGUGCCUUCUGUGCCAGCCACACAAAAGUUCCUAAAGUCUUGGUAAAAGCCAGGACAGACACAGCUUUCAAGGCAUUUUUAGAUGCUCAGAAUCCUGAACAGCAACAUUCAUCUACUCUGGAGUCUUACCUCAUCAAGCCAAUCCAAAGGAUUCUCAAGUACCCUCUUCUCUUAAAGGAGCUCUUUGCCCUUACAGAUGAAGAAAGUGAGGAGCACUCCUACCUAGAUGUGGCCAUCAAAACAAUGAAUAAGGUUGCAAGCCAUAUAAAUGAAAUGCAGAAAAUCCAUGAAGAAUUUGGUGCCGUAUUUGACCAGCUAAUUGCUGAACAGAUGGGAGAGAAAAAAGAAGUUGCCGAUCUGUCCAUGGGAGAUUUACUCUUGCAUACUACCGUAAUCUGGCUGAACCCUCCAGCCUCACUUGGAAAGUGGAAAAAAGAGCCAGAAUUGGCAGCUUUUGUGUUCAAAAUGGCUGUGGUCCUUGUGUAUAAAGAUGGUUCCAAACAAAAGAAGAAACUUGUAGGAUCUCACAGGCUUUCAAUUUAUGAGGAGUGGGACCCAUUCCGGUUUCGUCACAUGAUUCCUACUGAAGCUCUUCAGGUUCGAGCUUUGACAAGUGCAGAUGCAGAAGCUAAUUCAGUCUGUGAGAUUGUCCAUGUUAAAUCAGAAUCUGAAGGGAGACCAGAGAGGUCUUUCCACCUCUGUUGCAGCUCCCCUGAAAGUAGAAAAGAUUUUCUGAAGGCCGUGCAUUCAAUCUUACGUGACAAACACAGAAGACAGCUCCUCAAAACAGAAAGUCUGCCCUCAUCUCAGCAAUAUGUCCCUUUUGGAGGAAAAAGACUAUACCCCCUUAAAGGUGCAAGGCCAGCUAUGAGCAGGGCAGUGUCAGCCCCAAGUAAAUCUCUUGGGAGAAGGAGGAGGCGUCUGGCCCGAAACAGGUUUACCAUUGAUUCAGAUGCUGUCUCCACAAGCAGCCCUAAGACAGAGUCCCAGCACCCUUCCAGUGGCAGGGACACUGACCGCUGGGUAGAGGAACAGUUUGAUCUUGCUCAGUAUGAGGAGCAAGAUGACAUCAAGGAGACGGACAUCCUUAGUGACGAUGAUGAAUACUGCAAAUCCAUGAAAGGGUCCCCAGUGGACAGAGACCUUCAGGAGCAGUUACAAGCUGCCUCUCUCGGUCAGCGGGAAAGAGGCCAACAAGCUAUGGAUAGUCACGCCUCAAGGAUGACCCAGCUCAAGAAGCAAGCAGCUUUGUCCGGCAUCAAUGGUGGUCUGGAGAAUGCUAGUGAGGAAGUCAUUUGGGUUAGGCGUGAAGACUUUGUCCCUACCAGGAAACUGAACACCGAAAUCUAAAUGUCGCUUUCCCUUUAGGUAGUAUUUGUAGGUUCCCCCCCUCCCCCUACUUUCCUACAUACUGAGAAGACUUCUAUCCUUUAGAUUGCGCACUUGCACACAGGGUUUUGGCAAUUGACUUGUUCCAAAACCAUGUAGCCACAUCACUUCAUAAGUUUUAACAGAAACAGAAUAGUUUAGAAUUUGAAAAAGAAUAAGCUGGAGUCUUGUAUUGUGUACAUUACCAAGGGCUUUUAUUUAUUCUCAAAUAAUCAGGGGCUGAGAAAUGAAAAUAUAUAUGUAUAUAUUUUUUAAAAGCGCAUUAUAUAGCACUGGAAAAUAGGUUACUGAAGGCAUUUAAGUAUGUGCGGCAGAUGAGCUUCAGUGGUAGCACAGAGAGCAAAGGGUUUUGGGUUUUGUUUUGUUUUUUUAUCUGUGAGAUUCAUCUCUUUGAUAGCAAACUGCCUUGAAAAAUAUCUCUGUACAAUUUGCAGUGUUCUUACUCCUUUCUUUCUUAGAUGUCAGAGAAUAUUUGUAUUUUAGAAAUGUGUGAGGAAGGCUUUGGAAUUUAUGUUUUGAUGAGCCUUCCCUGCCCCCUCCUUUUUUGGUCUGUAACUGGUCUUUUUUAAUGUCAAUGCUGGAAGCUCUAGUUUUGCAUAGAAUCGUAAAGAUGCCAAACUCUUUAAAAAAGAGAUCCAAAUUUAUCACUUGAAACAAAACACUAUUUUUUUUAACAUGUUACCUGAUGUGCAAGGCACAAAUAGUUGAGAUUUUUACAGUGUUAAUGUAACUCCAGGUCUAUAAAAUGAAGAGUUAGGCAUAGUGACUUUAUAUUUAUACAUGAAAGGUCAACUGGAACUCUUUCUUGGGAAUAAUGAUUUUUCCAAGAAGCAGAUUUUAUGUUUGAAUAUAUAUUUGAGAUGGAAAUUUAUUUGAAUUAGCAGUUAGCAAUGAGUCUAUAUGUUUCUGGUGAGUAUAGCCAAGAUGGAGGUGGGGUGGAGAACUUGACCAACAAAUCAGUCAUUUCCACAAAUGUUAAUAUGGCAUACAUUGAUUUUCCCAUAACUCUUCCAUGAUAGAUUAUCAUCAACCUCUAGAAACCAAAAACCUCUUCACAAGUCUCUAGUGUUUUAACAAUUUCUUCUUGUCAGCAAAGCAGGGUAGACAUACCAAAAUCUAAUGGUUUAAGUAGAUUCAAAUAGGAAGAACAAAAACAAGUUAUGGCACUUUUCAAAACAAAG